UAGUGCCACCUCGUAAAAUGGUAAUGUAGCAGUAAUGCAGCAUAUCUCCCAUUUUUUUUUUAUUUCCCAGGUGACCGCAUGAAUGAGUAUGACCUCUGGGUGGCCGAUGAGAGUACCGACUGGGACCUGGCGGGAGACCACAAUUACAACAGUGGCCCUAAGGAAGGCUCCAGCUUUCACCGUGCUGAAGCUGGUACACCAAGGGAUGCCACAAACUGGUCCCACGCUGAGGUUCUUCUUUUGAUUGCAUGCUACCAGCGUCACAUGCUAGAUUUUCAUGACAGGAAGAAAAAGAGAAAAGAUAUUUGGAUUCAAAUAAGCACAGAAAUGAGGGAGCGCGGCCAUUUGAGAACAGCCUCUGAUAGCGAGACGAAAUUUAAAGGGCUAAAAAGAACCUAUGAUAAACAUCGGCAACACAAGCGGAAGUGCCGAAGGGGUAGGAAGGAGUGGCCCUUCUAUAGGGAGAUGGACAACUUGUCUUCAAGUGCAGAGUACCAAGCACCAAUUUCAUCAAGUAUGCCUACGCAGCCGUCCACAUCAGCCACGUCACCUGUUAGUGUACAGCUCUUGGGAGCGGCUCGGGAAACUCAUGGAGCCACUGGUGAGAACACUGAUAGUUUUUCUGAUGAGCGUUCCUCCCAACACAGUGCAGCACAAGUUGCUGCCAAGGCAAAACGCCGUAAAAUACCAGCAACUUUGUUGCAAGACAUCCUGAGCAACAUGAAGGCAUGGCAGGAUGAAGAACGCCAACGUUACAAGCAGCAACUGAAAAUGCAAAGAAUGAAGCCGAAAAUGCUGAAGCGCAUUGCGGAGAGCACCAGUUAAGAUGUUUAUUAAUUAAGUCAGUUAUUUUGUGGACUUAAUUAAGAACAGGAACACGUUUUUUUGUGUUUUUUUUGCGGCUUGUGUGACUGCCUAGGUGUCUGACUGUGG